UACAUGUGGUAGACCAUGAUCAUCAUCAACAUCUUCUUAAUACAAGCUCCACCAUAAUUUGCCAUGGCCAGCCAAGUAGCCUCCGUUGAAGAAGUUGCAGGAGACAAAUACAGAUCUUUCAUUCAUGAAGAGGCUGACACAACCCACUGGAGACAUGGUGGACCACCCACCUAUGAUGUUGUGAACCACCUUUUUGAACAAGGUCGAACCAAGGAAUGGCCUAAAGGUUCAUUAGAGGAGACAGUGCAAAACGCCAUAAAAUCAUGGGAGAUGGAGGUUUCUCACAAAACCCGCUUGCAGGAUUUCAGAACCAUAAAUCCUGAAAAGUUCAAGCUCUUUGUUAAUGGGAGGGAGGGGUUAUCUGCAGAGGAAACUCUGAGCAUAGGAAGUUAUAAUGCUUUGCUAAAAAGCUCUCUACCAGAAGAAUUCAAGUAUUACAAAUCUGAAGAAGAGACUUUUGAAUCAUCUCAUGAAGCUUUCAGAUCAGCUUUUCCUCGUGGAUUUGCAUGGGAAGUGAUCAAAGUUUAUACCGGACCCCCUGAAAUUGCUUACAAGUUUAGGCACUGGGGAUUCUUUGAAGGUCCUUUCAAGGGACAUGCCCCUACUGGGAAGAUGGUUGAGUUCUAUGGCUUGGGAACUCUCAAGGUUGACAACUCUCUGAAAGUGGAGGAGGUGGAGAUCUACUACGACCCAGCAGAGUUGCUGGGUGAUCUUCUACCUGCGAGUGGGACCGCCACAGAGGACCCCACUAAAACUACACCAACUUCUCAAGCAUGUCCUUUCUCCAAAUAAUUAGUAUAGUUUAGUAAAAGCUUAAUAUAUCUUUCGAUCUUAGCUUAUGUUUCAAAUCAUGAAUUGCUGAUGGAAUUUCGAUUGUAAUAAAAUGAUACUAUUCGUGUAAUCCUAUGAUAGGUGUGGUCCAAUGAAUAAAUGAGGGAAAAGUGAUUGUGCUA